AUGGAACUGAUCGAAAAUCUAUUAUCUGUUGGUGAAGCUGCGUCAACAAUGGAAUGUUUCAGACCGGAAAAUAGUCAAAUUCAGUAUGAACAAUAUUAUGCUUCAGCAAAUGAUCAAUCACGUGUUCGUCUUCCACGAUUAAUGACAUUUCAGACAAGUCUUAACUCCUUUGGAGAUCAAUCGUCGUACCGAUGUAAAAUGUAUGUUGGAUUUAGCAGCCAGUUCAAAGAUUGCACUUAUAAUAAAAUUCAAUAUCGACCACAAUCAGCAUCUGUAGCCAUUGCAAUUAUCGAUGAAGAUGAAGAAGAAAAGGCAAAACGAUUAUCUCAAGAUCCUCGUUUACUUUUUACUCUAACUGGACAACCAACAACUGACGAUCCAUUAACAAAUGUUGUUGGUGUUCAUGCUCCUUGGGUUACAUUAAAUAAUUAUAAAUAUAACGUUAAAGUUUUACCAGGUAGUUUUGGUAAGAAAGGCAAAAAUGUUCAACCUGCAUCAUGA